AUGUCCGAGAAAAUAUUUUUGAACGGAAACUUCGGACCCUGGCGUUGGGCGACUUACAUAAUCCGCGGUAUUUGUCGCCGCGUGGAUGGGCCGAGCUCAUCUUUAUCGCAAACCACCAUGGCGCAAUGGGGGCAAGGGCAGCAAGGGUUUCAAAUCCCUAUGCAGACCGGCUUUCCAGGCGCUAACCAGCAAUUUCAGCCUCAAAACCCUCAAUUUCAACAGCAAAACCCGCAGUUUCAGCAGCCUCCUCAGCAGCAGUUCCAGCAUGGUGGCCUAGGAAUUCCCAAUGGUGGUCUGCUUCCGCAGCAGACGGGAUUUCAGGGACAGCGCCCAGGAGGAUUCCAGCAGCCUCAGCAGACGGGUUUCCCAGGUGGUUCUGGCUUCAUCCAAGCACAGCCAACUGGUUUUGCUGGCGGAGGCUUCGCGCAACAGAGUCGGCCAGCUCCUCCUCCUCCCCCAGUUCCUCCUAUUCCAUCGCAAUUCCAACAACCUAAUCAACCUAGUUUUCUUAAUGCACCACCACCUAAUCGACAUCUGAAUGCGUCGCCGGGAUUUGGAGGUGGCGGCUUGCUGCCUCAGCCGACGGGAUUUGGAGGAAGACCUGGCAGCAGCGGAAUGCUGGUUCCUCAAGUCACAGGAUAUAUCGACCCUCGUCUUCAAAUGAUGUCGCAAACGUUCAUGCCAAUCAAUACUUCGGCUCCUUAUACCGCCAGUGGCCUCCCCCAGCUUCAACCCCAAUCCCAGAAUCUUGUGCAAUCAAUUCAGCAACACAAUCAAGCUCAACGUGGUUCCACCAGCCAGCAAAUGUCGUGGGGAUUAACCAAGGCAGAGCGGAAGAAUUACGAUAACAUCUUCAGAGCAUGGGAUACCCACAGCACUGGCUUUAUUAGUGGAGCAGCUGCCAUAGAAGGAUUUGGUGCGAGUGGCCUCCCGAAGGACGAUCUUGCGCGUAUCUGGACACUAGCUGAUAUUAACGAUCGUGGAAAGUUAAACAUCGCCGAAUUUCACGUCGCGAUGGCCCUGAUAUAUCGCAGAUUAAAUGGCAUGCCCAUCCCUGAUCAACUACCUCGAGAGCUCGUGCCACCAUCCUCUGCGGAUCUUGACGACUCCGUUGACCGCAUCAAGGAGUUGUUGAAGAGUGAUAAUCGCGCGCGUUCUCCAUCCAGCUUCGAUGCACCACAAUCUCUUGCGAAAGUCCGCACCUUCUAUGGUUCAUCGCCAGCGAGAGACAAUAGUCGCGAUGCUACUGUCUACAAACACAGUGACGACGAACCAACGGGCAUAUAUAAGCCUCGCUCACGCCAUGUUGACCGUGACGCAAUCCGCUCACGCAACGAGGAUGACAGCCCCUCAGCCGAUCUAUCCGACAUGAAACGCCAGCUAGCCAACACUGCGUCGAGGUUGGACCGCGAUGCGGAAGAAAAGUCACUGAGAACAAGAGAGGACGAGGAGCUUGAUCGCGAAAUGGAAGACCUGAAGUAUCGUGUCAAGCGGGUGCAAGAGGAUCUUGACUACAACUCUCGAGGCCCGAGAUCCACCUCCAAGGAGGAGGAAAGGCGGCGCUUGGAACGUGAGAUGCUUUCUCUCAUGCACGAACGGAUACCCGAAGUCGAGCGCAAGAUCAAGGCACGCGAAGAGAGAAAAGAAAGGGAGAGGAGGCAAUGGGCACGUGACCGAGAUCGCGCUAACGAACGUUUCGGAAGAUACGACGGCGGCAGAGACGACUACUCACGACGAGACGACCGCGACCACGAUAGGCCUUAUUCUCGGGGCGACGAUAGAGACAGACCGUACUCUCGGGGCGACGACAGAGACAGACCGUACUCCCGAGGCGACGAUAGAGAUAGGCCCUACUCUCGCGGUGGCGAAGAUCGAGACAGAGGUUAUUCUCGAGGUGCUUACGACCGCGAUGGCCGGGACAGAGAUGGCUAUCGCAGAGAACACUCGCGAGAGAGGGAUUACGAUCGACCCCGUAGCCCCCCUGCUUCUGCUCGUUCUCCACCUCUAGCUCCAGCUGCACCUCCAGCCAGUGCCAUCCGAGAUCCUCCUGCAGUUCCCUCACCCAAGUCGACUCCUUCUCCGGCCUUGAAGAGUAUGUCAGCGGCUGAACGUCAGGCUUUCGCGAAAGCUGAGGCUCAACGUCGUAUCCAGGCUCGCAUGGCUGCCCUUGGCGUCACUGCUCCGUCUGCGUCUCCUACUUUGGACACGAGUGUCGAGGACCGACUUCAGCAGGAGAAGAAGGAGGCAGAAGAGAAGGCCAAGGCUGCUGAGAAGCAGGCGGAGGAAAGGGAGAGGGCUAGGAAGGAGAGACUGGAGAGUGAGAAGGCUUUGAAGGAAGGAAGGACUACGCCAGCUCCGCCGACGCCUACUCCAACGAGAACUGCUCCUCCUCCCGCGCCCAAGCCGAAGGUUGCCCCUGUACCUCCAGCACCAGCACCAACCCCGAAGGCGGCUCCUCCUCCACCCAAACCACGAGCUCCUGCACCACCACCACCUCGCAAAGCCCCUGCUCCUCGUGCACCAGCGGCACCUGUUGCGCCUCCUCCUGCUCCUGUACCGGAGCCGGAGCCAGAGGUCGACAGACACGAAGAGAUGCUGCGUGCUCGUGAGGAGACACUUCGGAAACAGCGAGAAGAGCGAGAAGCCAAGUUCCAAGCUCGUUUGCGCGAGUUGGAGCGGCAGGAGGAAGAGGCUGCCCGUGAAGAGGAGGCUCGUUUUCAAGCUAGAUUAGAGGCUAUGAAGAAAAGCAAGCCUGUGAAGUCGCCUAGUCCUCCUCCAGCCCCAGCGUUUCCGCCUGUUCAAGUUGCGCAGCCUCCAGCUCCUCCAGCUCCAGCUCCAGCUCCAGCGCCGCCUGCGGUCUCUCCUCCUGCAGUCGAGAAGUCAACCAACCCCUUCAGUCGACUUAUCAAAGAAGGGGCCGGUGCUGCGCCUGUUUCGCCUCCAAUAACGAACGGUACCAGUGCGAAUCCAUGGGCUAACUCAGCACCCAAGCCAGCACCCGUGCGUUCGCCGUCGAUUCCUCCGCCGUCCAAGAGCCCUGCUCCAAAUGUCGUAAAGACAAACUACCAGACAGCGCCCUCCGCCCUUGAGGACGACUGGGAUGACAUCCAGGAGAAGGACGACUCAGAUGACAGCAGCGAUGAUGAGAUUACCCAGUCGCGUUCGGCGCGGGCAAACAUCGCGCAACAGCUGUUUGGGAGCAUGCUUCCGAGACCGGCAUCUGGGGCAGCUUCAGGACCUGUGUCGUCGCCUUCCUCGCCGGCUCCGUCGGGUGUUACUCCACCUCCACCACCGCCGCCAGCUCCAACCGCACCUCCUGCACCUCCUGCCCCAGCCGCUCCUGGGAUUGCUGCCCCAGUUGCUGCCCCAGCUGCCCCCCAAGACGUCAAUGCUCUGAUGCUCUCCAUACAGGGGGGCCUGAAAUUGAGACCUACGAAAACUAUCGACAAGAGUGCGCCCCCAGUUUCCGGCAAGGUGUUGGGCGAUAGUGCCCCUCCUACACAUAUCAACACUGUUCCACGAGCUCCUUCGCCACCACCUCUUGUCCCUGCGCCUGCUGCCCCAGCCGUUCCGGAGACGUCACCCAUGGUCAAUGACGAAACCUCUCGGUCGAGCAACAGACAAUCUGUGGGUUGGUUUGCGGACCGUGCUGCAGAUGUGGGCGGUUCGCCUGUGAUUGUCGAGAGGCUGCCAUCUAUGUCUGAGGCCGAUGAAGCCGAUGAUAUUUAUGAGACUCCCGCGAGCUCAAUCCCGGAGAUUAGGGUGGGUGACGUUGCUACGGAGCCUUCUGGCAAUAGUCUUAUGUCUGACAUCGACAAAGGAAGAGAGCACCGAGUACGAUCUUUGUACCCAUUCGAGGGCGACGGUCCUGAGGAUUUAUCUUUCGAAGAAAACUUGAUGAUCGUAGCAAAUCCCUCCAAGACUGGCGGCGACUGGUGGUAUGGCACCCUUGUUAAGACUGGAAAGGCUGGAUUGUUCCCGAAGACCUACGUCGAGGUUGUUACUCCAAAGAAAGCAAAGACCGUCUAUGCGUAUAGUGGCAAUAACCCGGACGAACUUUCUUUUAACGAAGGCGAAAUACUGUCAAUCGUCGACAUGUCGGAGGAAGAGUGGUGGAAGGCGGAACAAGGCGGGGUGGUCUUCAUUGCCCCUGCUGCGUACCUCGAGCUCGUUGAGGGAGUCGAGCAAGAUCUUCCGAUUCCUAAUAUCGUCGAGAGCGUUAAAUUCGCCAACAGUACUACUCCCACACCUACUGCGGCAGCAUUUGGGCAAGGCCAUGAUGAUCCUGGACCGUCGACUGCAAACCCUGCAACUCCCACCCAGCUCCAGAUCAAUGAGAAUCCGAGAGCCGACGUUCAGCAUGCUGAGCACGACUCCGACCGCGAUGACGACUCUGACUCCGACUCCGACUCUGACUAUCUCUCUUUCUCUGAAACGGACGAUGACGAAGACGCUGUGGCCUACAAACAGGCCCGCGAGCGAGAACGGCAGCUUGUCCUUGAGGCCGCAGGGCUCAUCGUGCAGCAGGACGUCGGCCCCCCUCCUCGCCCUGCCCGGACCAGGUCAGUGAAGAGGCGUCCUGCCCCAGCCGCACCGCAACAACGCAUCUCUCUGGUGCAUAAGGACUUGCCACCUAUACCGACGGAGCCUGAGCACGAACCAGAGCUUUCUCAUGAAGCGAGGCUGGACGAUGCCUUUGCAAGAUACGAAUCGUUCAAGAACAAGCACGCGCAGACGAACGUCGACUCGAACAGACUUUCUGUCAUCUCGACAGACUCGACGAGGAGUGGACCGCCUGUGUCGCCCACAGUAACGAUUUCAUCAAUGGGCGGCGUACCGAUGUCCAGUGGGUCCGGGUCUACUAGUGCCAGUGGCCAUGGAAAGGAGGGUGCCAAUGCUGAUGGCGGACGGUAUUCCGGUUUUUUGCACUUCUUGUCAAGGAACAAGACACCCGACGGAGAGAGGCGGAGCGUAAGCACCUUGAAUAUUUCGGCCCCGAUUAUGGCCACUACUCCGGCCUCGCAAAGUCAGGGCUUCCUUCAAGAAACGCCGUCAAGAUCGAAUAGCCCAUCGUUCGGGAUGUCAUGGGCCAGCCUAGUUGAUAAGACUGCUCUCGAGGGAAUCCCUCCAGGAGAGAGAAAACGCCAAGAAGCGAUCUUUGAGCUUAUCAACACUGAGGUCGCCUAUGUUCGAGAUCUCCAGCUCAUUGUCGAGGUCUUCUAUUCGAGUAUGCUUCCACUGCUUACUAUGAAGGAAAUCACGGUCGUUUUCGCCAACAUUGAGGAUCUACUGUUGACCAACACCGGCUUUGUGAGCUCGCUUGAGGAGCGUCAGAAGGAUUGCCGAUUGUACAUCGAUAAAAUCGGCGACAUUCUCCAGACUCACGUCCCGAAUAUGGGCGUUUACAUGCAAUAUUGCGUCAACCAGUCGACUGCUAUUAAGGUCCUAAAAUCACUCCGGGACUCUAAUACGGAGCUCGCUUCUCAUCUGCAGCGUCUUCGUGAUGAGAACCCAACUGUCAGGAGCUUGGAUUUAUCAAGCUAUUUGCUAGCUCCAAUGCAAAGAAUCACCAGAUACCCUUUACUUAUCAAACAGAUCUUACAAUACACCGAGGUCGGCGAAGAACACGAAGCCAUCAAGUCGGCACGCGAUAUGUCAGAAAGGCUGCUAGACCACAUAAACGAGACAAUUAGGGAACAAGAAGGGCAUGAGGUGCUCAAGAAGAUCUCUCAGAAUCUAUGGAUCGGCCAUGGCCGUCUUGACCUAACUGCACCUACCCGCCACAUGGGAACGCGGAGGCUCUUGAAGCAGGGCACUGUCAUGAAGACCAAGAGCGGCAAGAAGCUCAACGCUUUCUUGUGCAGUGAUAUUCUUGUCCUCACGGACGAAUCAGCGAAGAAUCUCUACAGAAUGCCUAUUCCUCUUGCCUAUGCGGAGGUCAAAGAGGCCGGCAGAGACGAGACAGGGUUUCAGGUCUCUCAGGCCUAUCCCCGGGGAGGAGACGUGGUAUCUCUUCGUGCCCCAUCUUCUCGUGAAUGCCAACAAUGGAUUCAGGAAAUUGUGCAAGCUUCAAAACGGGCCCGGCACGCGGAAGAACGAGCUGCUCGCAAGACAGGACGUCGAUAG